AUGGUCGUAGUCAGCCUUAUUGUGGACACCGGCAGUUCCAACACUUGGGUUGGUGCCAAUUCUUCUAAUCCUUACACGCCGACAUCUACCUCUUACGAUACCGGCGACCCAGUGUAUGUUGCAUACGGCACUGGCUUUUUCAUAGGCACAGAGUUCAUUGACCAAGUGAGCCUCGGCGAAGGCUUUACGAUUUCACAACAAUCUAUUGGCGUUGCCAACGCUUCCGCUGACUUCAACGGGACAGACGGCAUCUUGGGUAUUGGACCAACAGACCUUACUGCAGACACCGUCAGGAACAGUGGACUAGUGCCUACGGUCUUCGACAAUGCAUUUACUCAGGGCCUCAUCGACAAAAAGAUAAUGAGCAUUUUCUUUGAGCCGACGAAUGGCAUCUUAGAACAGAACGGAGAGCUCACCUUCGGUGGCAUCGACGAGAGCAAGUUUACUGGUAAUAUUACCUUUGUAAAUAUAACUACCACUUCUCCUUCCAACCAAUAUUAUGGUAUCAAUCAGACCGUCCAUUACGGGAACACAACUAUCCUCGAUAACAAAGCUGGUAUCGUGGACACUGGUACCUCACUCUUCCUUCUGGCCACUGAGGCCUUCAAUACGUACCAGCAGCUCACGGGUGGGGUGAUGAAUGAGACCCUAGGCUUGCUAAGCAUCACUCCCCAGCAAUACGAGAACCUGCAGAGCCUAUUCCUCGAGAUCGGCGGCCGCCGCUUCGAGUUAACCCGAAACGCUCAAAUCUUUCCUCGUUCCUUGAACACCGCCAUUGGCGGCACUGCAGACAGCAUCUACCUUGUCGUCGCAGGUACUGGCACGCCCCUUGGCGAAGGCCUAGACUUCCUUAAUGGCCAGGUCAUGUUGGAGAGAUUCUUCCUCGUCAUCGAUGCCGAGAACUCUCAGGUGGGAUUGGCGACGACACAGUUCACCAAUGCCACCACUAACUGAGCUUGCGGAGGGUGUUAUCUGGUUUCUCUCGGUCAGGCUUAAGAAGACUUGGACUCAUAAAGUUUGAACAAGGACUGUAUCUUGACCGUAGAAAUGUAAUGCG